ACGACUUUACGACCGUCGGUUGACGUGGCCGGCGUUGUUCAGCAUACCGGGCCGAUUUAAAUUCAGUUAAGCCCUUAACUGCUCCUCCGGUUUGCUGGUUUAAAAAAAACAAACAACAAAAAACAAAAGAACAACUGGUUCUUGUCCGUUUUUCUUCUUGACGUUUUACCGUCUAUCUUUUUGUAGCUGCGUCAGAAAAUGUCGGGGAAAAUGAAGAGCAGGAACGCGGCGAACGCCGACUCGGUGUCGGGCAGCGUGCCGUGUGAUGAGCGCAUCCUGAAGGACUGCCAUCAACUCUACACCGACACAGACAGCGGAUUAAUAGCAAUAGCUCAGUCUGUUGGCGUGACUUUGCUGCCUCCCAGGAAGAAGAUCACUGUGGUGCUGAUGGGAAACCACUCGGCUGGAAAAAGCUCCUUCAUUAACUGGUACAUAGAGGAGCACAUCCAAAGGACAGGAGUUGCGAUUGAGACACAGGGCUUCACUUUUGUUACUAGCGGGCGUAAGAGGGAGUCGCUCACGGGAAAUGCAACUCUCCACCUGUACCCUCACUUUAAAGCACUUCAGGAGUUUAAAGGCGUGUCUGAAUACGUUGGCACCGAGAUCUGCACUUCUCGGCAGAAGCGUUUCAGUUUGGUGACUUUUGUGGACACUCCUGGACUGGUGGACGGGGAUAUGAAGUAUCCCUUUGACGUGGACCAGGCAAUCCUUUGGCUAGGUGAUGUGUGUGACUUGAUCCUGGUCUUCUUCGACCCGAUGGGACAGGCUCUGUGCAAACGCACACUCAACAUCGUGGAGCAACUCAAUGAAAGGCAAGGAGAUCGGCUCCGCUUUUACCUCAGCAAAGCUGAUGAGGCUGGAUCAGAGUCAGACAGACAGAGAGUGAUGAUGCAGAUUGUGCAGGAGUUGUGUAAACGUCCAGGACUCAACAAGUGUGGCUUUGACAUGCCUACCAUCUAUAUCCCCAAUCCCAACAAGCCCAGUCGAUGUGUGAAUCAGAUCGAGGAGGUGUGUCGCACCAUAGAGAAGACCAUAAACCAGACGGUGCAGAACACCCUCAACACGUUGGAGAAGGACUGCGAGAUCAUCUGCACGGCUGUUACUGAUACGCUCAACAACGACCGGCAGUGCAGUGUGGAGAACAGGCGUGCCCGCUGUAAGAGUUGUUUUUUGGGUUUGCUGGGCUUCAGCGUACCCUUACUGCUGCUCUUCGCUCUGGUGCUUGGCAGUCUGUCCAGAGAAGUGCUGGAGUUAGCAUUGGGUUCUGAAGGCACUGAUACACUCUCACUCUAUCUGGCUCCGGUAGUGAAGGCGUUUGAUUCACUGUCUGUGGAAACCCAGUUGUAUGUUUGUGGUGGCCUUGUGCUGCUCUCCUUCAUCCUCCUUAUCCUCGCCCGCUUCUCUUCUCGCACGAGGCCGACUCUGUCCGGAAAACAAAAGAGGCAGUUGCAGGAAAAACUGGAGUAUGUGCAGGAGGUGGUGAAAACAAAAAAGAAGAAGCUGUAUGAGGAGUACCUCCGGCAGAGUGUUGGUGAUCAGGAUAUGAACUAAGGUUUUAUGUUGAAGAUCUACUGGAGUGAUGAAUGGAAACAGCAGUGAACAAAUAGUAAUAAUGAAAUCAAUAACCACAAAACAUUCCUGUACUGUAGAAGAGCAGUGAUAGUGUAGACUCAAGCUUUUCAGGAUCACCCUCCAGAAGCUACGCACCAGCAUUUUUCAACUCUGAUGGGGAGGGGUGUAAAUUUAUCAAAUGUUUAUCAAUGGUUUUCAAGGAUGCUGUUGUAGCACGCACUUGGAUCAUGUCCAAACCAAGACAUGCACUGUUCAGUAUUUUUUUUUUUUUUUAACCAUCUUAUUAACAAGUUACCUGCCACAUAUUCUCCACAACAACCUUACAGCUUAGCAUGAUCCGUUUUUGAAGCAAAUGCCUUGCACUGCCUUUGUCGUGCAUUCGUUGUGCUUUUUUUUUUGAAUUCUCGUUUCAAGUUUAAAACGUAUACCUCACUGUGUGAUUUGAACACCAUGAAAAGAAACAAUCAUUUAUCGUUUACAAUACAACUUCCAAAUGAAACUUGGACGAAAGCUGUGUCAGGACAGGAAUUUUACUAAACAAGAAUACAGUGCUUGUGUGCCUUUUGUCAUUUUUUAACUGUUUUCUUAUUGUAGCACUCAUAAUAAAGUAAAAUGUACAAUCUGA